AUGCACGAGCUUGUUCUGCUCUACGGAGUCGACCGUCCCCAGCAAUCGGGAUAUCAAGGCCUUCAUCCAGCGUCUGAGAAGCCUAUCAUGAACAGAUUCCUUGUAGAAGCUACGGAGAUUGACAUGCCGCAUGCAUUCUUUCCCAGAGCAAUAGUAUGCUUCACUUCUAUUCAGCUUGCGGUCACCUUGUCAUUUUGCAUGUUUUACAGCGAUCAGUGUGACCUGCAACACAGGCUGGCGUUCGGAGGAGGGCUUCUUGCCUUCUCCGGGUUUGCAUUCUGGAGCUCGCUCAUGCUUCAAGAUCGAUACAUUUCCAAAGUAGUCGCCAUGUUGAACACAAAGAAGGUGAAGAUACACACCCCUUUCUUCCUUGCGGACAAGAAGAUCGAGGCAGAUACAUCCGCCAUCAAACCUGCGUUGAUGAAAAGUUUCUUCACAAAGGAAAGGUUGAAGAAGGAAGAAUAUGAUGCUCUCUUGCAGAUUCUCGGACUGUUGAGCACUCAAAAGUCGAUGAAGAACUGA